AUGUCGAACAGCAAUACGUCAACAAUUGAUAUGGGAGAUACCGAGGGCUGGGUUUGUGGUGACCAUUGUGCCCUCUUCGACUGGGACUGGGGUCUUAGAGUCACCUGGCAGUGCUUCAUUGUAUGGCUCAUCGUUGCCUGUACGGGGCUUUUCCUAACGCAAGCUGCGAGAUGGGGUAGCACGUCGGUCGAGAAGCUCAAACGACAGUUGAGUGUUGCGGAAGGAUACACUCGAGGUUCCUACCUUUACCUCGGGUUCGUCAUAAUAGGCUCUCUCUACCAAUGUUGCAUCUUUGCUUACCAAUCCUAUACCUGGACCGCUCAUACCAUCAGCUAUUCCCUCAACUUCUUCAUAGCUAUACUAUACGGUCUGGAAACCAUCAUGUUGUGCUUGUUGUACAUCACACAAGGCACUGCUGUUUUUCUCAAGCACUCCCUCAGCUCGGUGUUCGUCGCUGUGUUCGUUGUGGUAUCUGUAGUGGGGCAGUCUGUCUGGGUCGACGACUUUGGCUUAAAGACAUGGUUCUCUUUCGCCUUCUUCGCCAGCCUAAGGGUCUUCCAGAACUGGCAUCUCUUCUUAGCAACCGCGGGCUUCCACAGUGCCGACAUCAACAUGCAGAUAGUUAACGUUUGCAUCGGGGCAGUAUGUUGGGUCUACUUUGCUUCAUGUGUGGUCAUGACGUUGGAGAACCUGGAGGUAUCCAGACGUGCCUCCACACCCCUUCCUUGGACGAUUCUUGGAGGAAUCGCGGCCUUCUCAUAUGCGGUUAACAAGUUACUUGAAGUCUACGGCCUCACUAGAUCCGGUCGAGGACGCUAUCCUUUGAAGCGACGAUAUCGUCACAUAGUGGUUGCCGGGACACCUUCCACUGAGAUGCUCAAGGACUUCCUCUCCGAAAUAUACCAUGCGGAUCAUGCUGAUGACAGCGAGGAUUUGGAAGUGGUUCUACUCUUUCCUGGUCAAGGCAGCGUGAUGCAGUCUAUGAGCGAAUAUCUACGUCAGAAGGAUAACGUCCAUAUGCGAUCGAGGGUGUACACCUUGCAAGGUAGCCUCUUAGAGGCUACUGAUAUGCGUCGCAUUGGAGCUACACGUGCUGAAGCAUUCUUCAUCCUUCCCAGUAUCUUCUCCUCGAAUCCAGUCCAGGACGAUACUGAAAACCUUGUACGCUUCUUUUCGGUUCGGAGAUACAAUCCCAACGCAAGGAUUAUCGUCCUUCUACAUAAGGCUGAACACAAGGACAUUCUCGGAAGCGAAAUGCUAGGUGGUGGCGCGGCCAUGCCAGAUGUCGAUGAAGAAGACAUGUCGGAGCUCACAACGCUCAUUUGCAUCGAUCAGUUCAAGCUAGAGCUUAUAGGAAAGACCUGCCAAGUCCCGGGCUUCUCGACUCUCAUUUGUAAUCUAUGUACAUCUGUGAGCGAUACAGAAGCUCUGGAAGGAACACCACAAUGGUUACAGGAGUACGACGCUGGCCUUGGCAACGAGCUAUACGAGGUUCCACUCUCCCCAGCAUACUACGGGCAACCCUUCGGUCUCUGCUGUUUGGAUGUCCUUAACCGUAGCGAGAAUCGAGACGUCUACCUCAUAGGUCUCGUUGAACGUAAUGUGAUGAACACUGGAGGGAAGGUGAUCACUAUCAAUCCCGGAUCCGACUACGCAGUCAUGGACUCCGAGGAUCAUACCGGCGUUUACGGCAUCUUUAUCGCCAGCGAUCGCGACGCUAUCGUACAGAAAGGCUGGCGUAACCACAGUCGGCGUAGUGAUCAAUCCGACGGCUAUAGUGACGAGGUGUCCGAGGUUAGUACCCUUCCGGACCCCCUCGGUAGAUUUCGAAAUGCAUCAUACAAGGGAGGGAUAGUCGGGAACGAUCACCGGAGGGGAGCUAACAAAAACAGUGCAGUGUUGAGGAUGAGCGCAUCUAUGAAGAAAGCAGCGACCCUGGUAGAGGAGGCCAACUUCCAUAUGAUGUCUAUGGCACAGCUGUCCAGGGCGCCGCCCAAUAUCAAACAGUUGGUGUUCUUGGACAAGUUAGAGAAGGUCCAAUUUCGGCGGCCAUUAUACCUCCUCAUCAACAUCGAUGCAGGCUUCCAAGAUCCCACCAGCGGCGCCCGAGGACGUGCCAAGAUAGGACUGGAGCAUUUCGUAUCACCAAUGCGAGCUGCCUAUUUCGCUGAGGCCACCCCCAUCGUGGUAUUGGCUCCCUUUAUUCCCAUGGACUGGAAUACAGUGUGUUACUCACACGUUCCUUGA